AUGUCGGUCCUUAUCACCGGCCCGAGUGAGGGAGGCCUCGGCGCGGAGACAGCCAUCUCGCUUGCCCAUGCCAACCCAGCACUGCUCAUCCUCGUCGGACGCUCCCUCAGCAAGAUCCAGCCCACCAUUGACGCCAUCCACGCCGUCAACCCAUCCAUCGCCGUCAAGUUCAUCGCUGCCGAUCUUAGCUCGCUGAACAGCGUACGUGAAGCAGCUCGCAAAAUCGUCGACGACGCAUCCAUCACCCACAUAGAUGUCCUCAUCAACAACGCUGCCGUCAUGGCUUGCCCUUACGAACUCACCGUUGACGGUUUCGAGAUGCAAUUUGCCACGGCCCACCUCGGCCACUUUGUGCUGACGAAGCACAUCUUACCCAAGCUCAGAGCAUCAGCCGGUGCGGGCAAGCCCCAGACCCGCAUCAUCAACGUUUCCUCCCUGGGAAACACCCUCGGCGGCAUCCGCUGGGACGACCCCAGCUACACCAAGCGUCCGGAGGAGUACAAACCCUGGGACGCCUACGGGCAGGCUAAGACGGCCAACGUGCUCUUCACUGUCGCGCUCAACAAACGGCUACUCGCCAAGACGGGUAUCAGGUCGUAUGCCCUGCACCCUGGCGGCAUCUAUACCCCCUUGCUCCGGCACAUGAACGAUGAGUUGAUGGAGGAGAUUACGCAGAGGGUGAUGAAGGGAGAGAUGCAGUUGAAGACGGUGCAGCAGGGUUGUGCGACUACGCUGAGGGCGGCGCUGGAUCCGGAGCUGGAGAAGGAGGGGGAGGACGGCGUGUUUUUGAGUGAUUGUCAGUUUACCAAGGACCCGGAGCUUGUGGCGCCUCGGGCGCUUGAUGAGGAGGAUGCGGAACGGCUUUGGGGGUUGAGUGAGGAGUUGGUUGGGGAGAAGUUUGAGCUUUGA